GUGGAGAAGCAGCCGGAAACCCUAAUGGACUCAUCCCCUGGACCAAGUUCUGCAAGAGUGUGAAUGAGAAGAGCUUUCCCUUCUGGCUGUGGAUCGAGGGAAUACUGGACCUGAUCAAGAGACACCUGCUGUGUCUGUGGAAUGAUGGGUGUAUCAUUGGCUUUGUUAGUAAGGAGAGAGAGAAGGCCCUGCUGAAGGACAAGGAGCCUGGAACUUUCCUGCUGCGCUUCAGUGAGAGCAGCCGAGAGGGAGCCAUUACCUUCACCUGGGUGGAGGGCUCCAAUAAUGAUGGCCAUUUCCACGCGGUGGAGCCCUACACUAAGAAGGAGCUGGCCGCCAUCUCUUUUCCUGACAUCCUCCGCAACUACAAGGUGAUGGCUGCCGAGAACAUCCCUGAGAACCCUCUGCUCUACCUCUACCCCUACAUCCCCAAAGAGAGCGCCUUCACACGCUACUACAGCCGCCCCACAGAAGGAGGUUGGUGAGGGGAGGAAGGCUCAAAAUACCAUGUUCAGUUGUACAAACAACAGUACACAAGUAUAAACACCAUUGGACCACACAGCCGUCAUACUGCUCAGGAAGGAGACACGUUCUGUCUCCUAGAGAUGAACGUACUUUGGUGCGAAAAGUGAAAAUCAAU